CGACCCAUCAAUAGUGACUGGGCGAGUGAAGGCCAUCUUUGACGGAGAGGCUGUUACUUACGGCUGUCAAACAGACAUGUCUGUAAAGAUGGAAGUGGACAUCAGCGGAGUGUCGAGGGCUCAUGUUUCCAUUCUACCUGCAACUGAGAUCAAAGGUACGUUGAAAGCGGAAACAGAAAGACCUCGCUGUGCCAGCACGCCAUGCUCACCCAUCAGGAGUACAGUUGCAGGAUACCAGAUCCUCCACAUGGACUCCAACUAUCUAGUAGGCUUCACGACGGGUGAGGAGCUGCUGAAAUUGGCCCACAAAUGGUCAGAAAGCUCCCCAGAGAAGAGCUUGUUAUCGGAGGCCGUGCCCAGUCCUAUCCAGACCUUAGAUGUGUCCAAGUCAUUAGACUCGAGCAUCCACCGGUCUUCAAGAAUUUUUAAAGCCAAAAGUCGCUACUACCAGCCUUACGACAUUCCUGCUGCCAGCGGUCGGAGAAGACGGCGUAUGCCAAGCUCAAGUGACACCUUCCUCAGGUCUGUGACUCAAGGGGAACAUGGGAGACUACCCUUAUGUCUGCUCAGAGGGAAGAGGACCCAGUCCAAGUCUCUGGACUACCUUAAUCUCGACAAAAUCACCAUCAAGGAGUCGUCAGACACUGAGGUGUUACAGUACCAACUGCAGCAUCUCACCUUGCGGGGAGAGCGCAUGUUCACGAGAAACAAAACCUAAGAGCACACAACAUGACAUCAUUUCAGGCGUCUUUGGCUCCGGUGGGGACUCGGGUGCUAUUUCCAACUUUUUUUUCUUUGCACUCACAAUUAGAAGCAGCUCUUGAACAAGAUGGCCUGAUAAUCCUGCUCUGUUAUGAACCUGGAAUAAACCCUGCACUCAACACAUAACUCGUUAGUACUCGCACUGAAUUGUCAAAAUGUGAAUGAUAUAUCUGAGCAAUAACUGGUCUACCUACUAUUUAUACAGCUGAUACAUGCACAUAUCACAGUGUAUCAACUUUAGAGUCAUCUUUUACUGCCUAACGGGACGUGUUUUGAAACGUGUGAAAUGUUUUGUUUUUUGAAUGACACUGCUUACGUUACUUCAAGCGAGUACAUCCUUUUAUAUUUAUUUGUUUCAUUUGGUUUCAUACAGUCAGUCAAUAUCUGUGUUUUAUUAUACCAAGGUAUGCAUGUUUAAAUCAUUUGCGAUCUUCCCUUCACAAUCUUUUUGUGGUGGACUGGCAACCAGUCCAGGGUGCACCCCACCACGUCCAACUACGUCCACAAAUGCACAUUCCCCCCGGUCCACACGAGAGGAGUUUAAAACAAAAGUUUGUCCACAUUAAAACACAUUCACCGGCUGCCAUGUGCAUUUUGGUCAAUCAAAAGCUAAAAAUCAACCACAGCUGACUUGGUGUUGCAUUAUAACGCAUGUGUUCAUCAAUGUAGUGAGAGAUGAACAAGGACGUGUGCGUUAUCUUUUAAAUCAGCGCUCGCUGACACGGAGCCCAGGAAAUACCAUGAAUAUUUUUUUUAAUCACCCGUGCUGCACGAAAGGAAACCAACAACCAUACGUCAAUAACGUCAUGUUCUGUCAUUAAAGUAUGAGGAAGAAUGAGAUCAUGUCAAGUAUGAGAUCAUGUGCACACACACACACACACACACACACACACACACCAAGCUGAAGGUUUUGAAAAUCUCCGCUGUGGCUAGAGUUCAGAAGCUCCAUUUUUAAGGACAAAAACCCACGUUUGCUUUAGAAAAAUAUGCUUUUUUACACUAUCUGUACUGGUUUGGACAUGGCCUUAGCUAGCACAGGUUUCAGCUCACCUGUGACCCAAAUGAGGACAGUGAGGUAUAGAAAAUGGAGGAGCUCAAAUGCUGUGUAUGAACAGACAGCUCAUCAUCAGACAGUACUCAGUGUAACAUCAGACAGUACAGUAUACGAGUAUUCAGCGUAAUCCACGGUGGAACCCCUAAACCAGUGGCUCUCAACUGGUUUGGAUGCAGGACCCACCAUCAGCCCUCAAUGACGAGCGAAAAUGUUCCAACUCAAACUUCUGAAACAUCUUAUAUGUAAAGGGACCGAUUGCUACAUUACAUGGCUGCUAACUUUCCAACAUGUGGCAAGCAUUAUCCCGCCCCCUUCCUGCUUGGAGCAUGUAAGCUACGCCCAUGUAACUCCCACAUGUGCAGGAGCCUAGCGUGCAUCCAAAGGACAGGUACAGCAUCAGUUAAUAUCACGAAAUACGACACGGCCAUGAACGCCAGAAAGACCAUUCCUAUUAGUUUCAUUUGUAAUUGUGGGAAAAUGUAGAUAUCUGUUCUUUUAAACCACUAACGACCACUAAUGUGAGCUGGUAGUGGUGUUGUGUUUUUAUUUAACCGCCCCUUUUUAAUUAAAAAAAAAGUGCAGUUUGAAUUUCAGGUACAGUAAUCCCUCGCCAUUUUCGUAUUCGUAUUUCAGUUUUUCAAAAAUAUAUUCAUUAAUAAAUGAUGUUUCGCUUUUGAAUACAGCCUAUUAGUCUGUAUAAAUAAACAUUUUUAAGCAAAUUGUACAUAUUUUUCCUUAAAUUAAGCAUUUCCAAACAUACAACAGCUAAAUGAACUGAAGUACAAAUAAGAUGCUGGUCACUAGAUGUCAGUAAUGUUACUGUAAUGUUUGGUGAGACACGCAAGCACCAGAACAACAGGCUUUUAUUGCAGAUUUGAAUGAUCUCAACAGCCACAAUGAACCCUAACACGGGCUACUGUUGCGGCGUAACCCAGACCUAGCUAAAACUCAACUCAAAAUCCCGGACGUCACUUCCUGUUCAUCCCCCACUGGAACACAUUUACAGCAACAUGAACAAGCACCGGUCUUUUAUGUCUUAAAUGUUUUCUCUUAUUAUGGCUACUAUAUUGGGUAAUAUGAGUGUAACGGUGACCAUAGGGGGGUUAUUUCAUGUCUAGAGGACUCUAAUAAUGUUAAAAAACACAUUUGGAAGGUCGUAAACAGGUUUUCUAUGCUCUCAACUACAAAAAUAUUUGAUUAAUCAAUAAUUCACUUAUCACGGUCGGGUCUGGAACCAAUUAACCGUGAUAAAUGAGGGAUUACUGUAGUGCAAAAUAACAAGUUUCAUGAUCAUUUCAAUAAAAAAUAAAAAAAAAACGUUUUUACACAAAGUGUGUAAAGGUUUUCAGUGUGUACAUGGUGUAUCUGAGGAUGAAUCAGAGCAACUGGACGUGGACCUGAAUGAGAGGUGGAAACAUCUUCAAGGAAAUCAAACGAGUCCAGGUGCUCUGAUUCAACUCUUCAGACAAACAAAAAGUGCAAUUUCUAAAGAUUUUUUACAAAUCAAAUGUAACUGAUUUCUCUUUAAUUCCAAUGGUAAGUUUAAUAGUCGUAGGAGAUUCCGCCCCUGCCUCGGCCAAUUGAUUGAAUUGGGCAUGAAACGGCACCCGGUACCGUCUUCUUUGUGGGCGUAAAUCUGGUGCGCAACACAACCUGGAGUGCAGUGGCCGUCUCUCUCUUUAUGGCGCUCAGAGAUCUGCAUCUGUGUGUCGGACGGACGGCACAUUAUGUCCCCGCUCAAUGUCCUUCCCAACAGCACAGACGCGAGGUGCAUUCAUGGAUAUCGGGCCAUUACAUCAUUCUGGGGGGGGCUAAACACCAACAUUUGAGAAUGACUGCAGUAACAGCGCGUGUCUGAUACCUCCCUCAGGAGCUGCUUAUGGACUAACCCGUGACACAGGUCUUUCAUUGGACUGAUAUUCAUCUGGCUGCUUUCUGUAUCGGGAACUUGCUGUCUUCUGUGCUAGGGGUGUAACGGUACUUGUAUUUGGAAUCUGACUUUUUGGUACGGAACUUUCACUUGAUUUCCCUCACGGGGCACAUUCAAAGUGAGGGACAGGAAGUGUGCUACACAUUACGCGUCUACUUGGCACACAAAUACAGUGCAGUCCAGCCUUGGGCCUGCGGUAUCUAAAGCCUGGAAACUCUUCCAUGGUUAAAGUCAUUGAACAGACAAAGACGUGUGCAUGAAAGCAGAAACCAUUGUUCAGGAGAGAUGGUGAAGCUGGAGCUAUGAAUUAACAGUACUAAUGCUAAUAUGUAUGUUAUUAGGCAUUACACUCAUUUGCUUUGUCACCAGGUAAGCUGAUGAUAGUUUGUUCAGUCCGUACCGCCACUUAUCUGUUUUGUUUAAUUAUAAACAUCAUUAAAGUUGUGUACAAAAAGCAAAUAAGUUUUAUGUUUUGCAUUUUGUUCACUUACUGGACCGAAACUGGAGUGAAACGUGAUGAUGGUGUACCGUUACACCCCUAUUCUGUGAAAAUAACUUUUUUUUUAAAUAUUUGAUUUUAGUCAAGAAACAGCAGAUGAACAGAAAAGCCCUCCCUCCGUGUGCUGCAUUGUUAACGAUCAUCGUAAGUCAGACUACUGAAUCCCCAAUGAGCCGGAAUGUAUCUUUGCACUGCCACCCUCCUUCCACGUUCAAAGACUAAACAUUAAGAAGCCACGGAGACGUCCGCAGUCCUGGAGAAACACUAAUGCACCCUUUGUUCUGCAGAUUUUGUUGUUGUGCCUUCACAUGUCAUUCUUUUCUCUAGAGUGGAAGGUUUGUUCUUUCUACCACACAUACUUCUAUCAUGUGUCAUUUCUGUACUCUACUUGUAUAUCAUGGACGAAAGCUCAGCACAAUCACAAGGUGAAGACAGUGAAGUGUGGCGUGUACUGUAUGUCAAUCACCUCUAUACACUUUUAUGUUUGCCCUCACAAAUCACACUAUGUACAUGUGAUGUUCAAAAAUGACUGUUACGCUACUCAUUAAAGCUGACUGCAAUCUAAGAAGAUGACAGAGAAGCUUUCAGUCAUGUGAUUCCGCCAAACACAGCAAUCCCUCACCACUUUGCGCUUUAAAAUUUUGCGGCCUCACUCAAAUCCUGCUGUUUUGUAGUUAAAUAUGGCCUAAUAUUAGGCAAACAAUAUGCAUAUUUAAACACAUUUUCAAUAUUUUUAUUGGACAAAGCAUUUUCAAGCAUAAAAAUUAAAACGUAAGACAUUCCAGAAGAUGCAUUCAAAGAUGUUGUGAUGUAGUAUUCUACACAUGGUUAGUAGGUGCAAU